AUGCAGAAAGAACAAGUGAGUAGUGGGCAGGAAGCUAUCUGACCGAGAGGGGGGAAGUGCUGUUGCUAUCAUUGUUGUCACACACCCAACGAAACUUUUUGUCACGAUUUAGCUAAUGAUAUAUGACAGAAGUAUCGGUAAUUACAGAAUUAAGUUACAUGAUUGACAUAUUGAUGUAACAGAGGCACCAUUCGUCUGAUUUCACGUACAGAAGUACCGCUAUAUCUCUUCAGGACGUUUGAGACCUACUGAAGAGGUUGUAGACAUCGAUAUGAGUGAUUCCGAGCCACCGAAGUUUGUGUCCAUUGAAGAUGAGAGAGACUACUGGAGGGAGCAAGCAGCUCAGCAACAACAAAGGGUGCAAGAGGCACAGGAGGAGCUGCAGGAGUUCCAGCAGAUGAGCCGGGACUAUGAGGUGGAGCUGGAGACGGAGCUCAAGCAGUGUGAGACGCGGAACCGGGAGCUGCUCAACAUCAACAACCGUUUACGCAUGGAGCUGGAGAACUACAAGGAGAAAUACGAGACCCAACACUCGGAGGCCGUCAGACACAUCUCCACUCUGGAGGGGGACCUGGCCGAGACGACGGCCAUCAAGGACCAGCUGCACAAGUACAUUCGGGAGCUGGAGCAGGCCAAUGAUGACCUGGAAAGAGCCAAGAGGGCCACCAUUAUGUCUCUGGAGGAUUUUGAGCAGAGGAUGAACAGUGUGAUCGAGAGAAACGCCUUCCUGGAGAGUGAGCUGGAUGAGAAGGAGAACCUGCUGGAGUCGGUGCAGAGACUUAAGGACGAGGCCAGAGACCUGAGACAGGAGCUAGCUGUGAAGCAGAAGCAGGAGCGACGGCCGUCUCUCAGCCUCACUAAAGACACUGACGUGGCAGAGCCUACACCCCCUCCCUCUAGACCUACGUCUGCGCUGCCCACUCCCUCCAGACCUACGUCUGCGCUGCCCACUCCCUCCAGACCCACCUCUGCUCUCCCCACCUCCUUCAACACGCCUCCAGGCUCACAGAGCAGAGUCAUUCCAGGUGAGGGUUUGGUCGGAAGCCCUCUUACUACCUCUGCGCGUAUAUCGGCUCUGAACAUCGUUGGGGAGCUGUUGAGGAAAGUUGGGAACCUCGAGUCGAAGCUGGCCACCUGCCGAGAGCUGCGCGUCAGCGACAAGUCGGAGAGCCGGCAGAAUCUUCCUGCAUCCUCGGGGAUGCCCGGAAACCAGCGGGAGAGUCCUGACAUGCAGGCCAACACCAACGGGCUCUACGAGAAGGGAUUGGUGAGGCGGUUAGAUUUUGGACCGGGACCUAAGAUUCUCCUAUGAGCUCUGGUACUUCACCCCAUACUGCACUCGUGUGACUGACCCCCCCCACCCUUCCUCCCCACUCCUGGAAGGCAGACUCCUCAGCCGCUCCACCCUCUGCCUGCUGCAGUGUUCCUUCCUCAUCCCUUCCCACUGUGGAGGAACCGAGCUCUUGAUGAAGCUGGCCAGGAGUUCUUUUUUUGCGCACAUGCACUGAGAAACACAACUGCACAACUGAGCAGAAAGAAAAGGAGGAGGAAUUUUCAUCUUAAGACUCUGGUGACUUGUACUCAUUCCCUCAAGUCUGCCCUAACAUUCUUUUAAUCCACAGCAUUACAUUUGCCUUUCAUGUACUGAUCAAGUGAGACCACUAAGUUCAACAAUGAGAAGACUUUUUUUUUUUUUUUUACUGCAGACAGCUCAACUCUGUGUGUGUGUGACAUGUUCUUGUUUUUAACACACUGGAGUUCCCUUUGGAAGCUGGUGGUCUACACUUCUUUUUGCACUCUUUUAGUUUUUUUCCUGACGAGAUAUUCUCUCUGAUGAAUGAUGAUGAAAUGGUUAUGAGUUACUAGAACCGAUUGGAGUCGUUAAGAGCUAAUUAGAAUAGAUGGAGUGAGAAAGUGGAAGUAAGGAUGAGGAAGGAAAUAAAUGAACCCUGCACAGACAAGUAGGAACGGAAACUGCGCGAGCGAGAGAGAGAGGGGAAGGUAGAGAGAGGGUGAAUGUGUUUACUGUAAUGAUGGGAGCAGAAUGGCUGGCGAAGCAGACUCUCAUCUUUAUGUGAUAGCUCUGGCUAUCUGCAUUAAGAGUUACUGAAUUACUUUGUGGUAUAUGAAAUGAAUUGUAAGUGGAUGUCAGUCAGAUUAUUUUUGUUUGUUUUUGGUUAUGUUUGUGGGAUCAUCCCCCCCCCCCCCUUUACUGUUCCCUUAUAUCAUUUAUCUUACUAACACAGCAGAAUUAUUAAGUAGCCUAACAUGGGGGGAGAGAGACCGUAUUGUUGGUUAUUACUGCUUUGAUUUAGAUGUUGUCUCAACUAGAAUGUUGAGAUGUCGUCGUGUUGUCUCGAGCUUGUUUUUCCAAGUUGUGUGUGUGUGUGUGUGACUUGCUGCUGUUUUAAUGUGUUUUUGUAAAACGUGUUGAACGUCUCAGGGUUUGUUGUGGGAAUAUUUAGCAGGAGGAAUGAUUAGGCCUAUAUUAACAAACUUACUGGGACAAUGUGUUGAGUCCCCCUAAUGCUACUCUUAAAGCCUUGUUCUCUUGUACACAAUUGAUAGACUGUUUGUUACACCCAAAGGCCUUGUAGACUCAUCAUAACUGGAAAGGUGUACUAUUUUUAUAAAGAUCUAAACUUGGUGUGCCUUAAAAAGUGUUAGGAAUUCUAAGCCUUAAAGUAUAUUUGAGGAGUAAGGUACAAUAUUUGGGCCUUCCUCAGUGUUAAUGUUUUUCUGUUACCUCAAGUGUUAUGGUUUCUGUUGGGAGAGAACAGACUGAAAAAGUUUGUAUUUUUUUAAAAACGUCUCGAGUCUCGGUCUCUGAGCCAAUAAGUGUAUAUCUCUCACUGCAGAGGGAGGGGUGUUUAGAAUGUUAUGAAAUAUGAAUACUUCAGUGAAGGGUAUGUGUGUUUUAUGUUAAAAAGAUGGGAAUCGAAGAGAGAAUAGAGUUCAUUUGCUUUGUUCCUUCUCACAUCUUUCCCCCUUAGUGGCACCAGAUUACUGUAGACUUGCUGAUGUAUAGAUAUACUUCUGUACUUAUUCAUGUGGCUGAUGGAUAGGAAUCAGUAGGUUGAUGUAGGAGAGUAGGCUUUGUAGCUUUAACUAACUUACGCCUUAUCUCGGCAUUUGAAAAAGUGUCUCCAUACCUGUUAAACAUUCCAGUUGGUGUGUGUCUGAAACAGGCGCCGUGUUUGCCAUUGGGUUUGCGUCACUGUCGCUGAAAUCCAGACGUGUCACGGUGAUGGUUGGUGUGGCUUUGUGCGUCACUGUGUGUAGUCUGUUCACUUGUAAGUGCUUCUUACUCUGCAAAGCAAUAGACUCUCUUGUCCUCUUAACCUGAGGUGUUGUAUUUAUUAAUGCAAGGAUCCUACCAAAUGGGCACAAUAAAGAUCAUAUGAAGCAUUU